AUGUCUGUAUCUCAAGAAUUGCUAAACUUCAUCUACGUCUACUGGAAGUGGAUGUUUCCAUUUGUUGGUGUCGCCUAUCUUGUCUCAAAUCGCUUCCAAAAAGGCCUGCAUCGGAUUCCGGGGCCAUGGCUCAACAGCUUCUCGACCUUACCACGAAUGUGGUCUGUCUACAAAGGGAAGCAUCAUCUUGAGGAUCUUGACCUACACGCUCGAUACGGCAAGGUUGUGAGGGUCGCUCCGAAUCUUGUUCUGGUGUCUGACACCUCUGAGAUCAACCAGAUCUACGGCAUCAAUACGCAAUUCAUCAAAUCACCCUUCUACGAUCUAUCUGCCGUCUAUGAUAAUGAGGGCCUGGUCCCGGACACUUUUGUGCUCCGCCAAAAUAAAGCCCUGCAUUCCCGGAUGAAGCGCAAUGCGGCCAAUGCCUACAGUGUAAACGGCCUGAUGCAGUUCGAGCCGUGGAUCGACCCCGUAAUUGAAAAGCUCCUUUCGAUCUUUGAUCGUCAUGCAGCGAGCGGGAUGGCAUUCGACAUGGGGGAUAUGCUAAAACGCUUUGCUAUGGAUGCAGUCUGCAGUCUGACGUUCGGAAGCGACUUCAACUAUCUGGAAAAGGGCGACGAGAUGAAAUUUCUGAAAUCAAUGUCCCUUUUUACCGCUUAUAUGUCGAUUUUUGGCCAUGUAGCUUGGCUUCACCCUAUUCUUCUGGGCAAUCCCUAUAUAGCUAGAAUCGUUUCUGGCGGUGAUUCUUCCAACGAUGCCAUGCUGGAAAUUUCUGGCCAUGAAUUGGGUAAAUUUCGAGAAUCUCCUCCAGCGGAAGGCGAUGCCAUGACAUUCCUGAGCCGUCUCGCUCUGAACCAAAGCACAAAUCCGAAAUUGAUCACCGACCGCGAGAUCUUGACACACGCGUUUGGAAACAUAUCCGCGGGUUCCGAUACGACUGCAAUUGCCAUGGGCUCCGACAUUUAUCAUUUGCUUGUGAACCGAGCUGCCUACGAUCGUCUCGCAGACGAGAUUCGCAGCCAGCUAUCUCUACCUGUUGGUUUCCAGGAAGCCAAUGCUCUUCCUUAUCUGAAAGCGGUCGUGCAAGAGGCAAUGCGUAUGCAUCCAUCAGUGGGCCAAGUCCUAGGACGCAUAGUUCCUCCUGCAGGGGCGACUGUUGGUGGCUUCAAAAUAGGUGCCGGUGCCGAGGUCGGAAUGUCUCCUUGGGUAUUACAUCGUGAUCCGGAGGUCUUCCCAGAGCCAGAUUCCUUCAAACCAGAGAGAUGGAUUCUUGGGGAAGGAGUGAGAGACGAGGAGCAUCUCAGACAGAUGAACCGCUCAUUCUUUUCGUUUGGCCACGGGACUCAUACAUGUACCGGGAAACAUAUCAGUCUAAUGGAGGUGACAAAACUCAUUCCUACCCUUCUUUUAAGGUACGAUUUAGAGUUGGCUGAAGUUGGACAAACUCUCAAGUUUAACAAUUGGUGGUUUACCCAACACCAUGACCUCAGGGCCAAAAUAACUCGCCGGUAA